AUGGGUCGGCUGGUGGUGGUGUCUGGGCUGACACAGACUCUGGUGGUGGUGUCUGGGCUGACACAGACUCUGGUGGUGGUGUCUGGGCUGACACAGACUCUGGUGGUGGUGUCUGGGCUGACACAGACUCUGGUGGUGGUGUCUGGGCUGACACAGACUCUGGUGGUGGUGUCUGGGCUGACACAGACUCUGGUGGUGGUGUCUGGGCUGACACAGACUCUGGUGGUGGUGUCUGGGCUGACACAGACUCUGGUGGUGGUGUCUGGGCUGACACAGACUCUGGUGGUGGUGUCUGGGCUGACACAGACUCUGGUGGUGGUGUCUGGGCUGACACAGACUCUGGUGGUGGUGUCUGGGCUGACACAGACUCUGGUGGUGGUGUCUGGGCUGACACAGACUCUGGUGGUGGGGAGACUGUGGAUCCUGAGGCUGUGGAGGUGCUGCACCUGUUGUUACUUUAUGUCCCACUGUCCCUGA